AUGAUCGAAGCCAUAGGGAAUCAGUACAUAGUGGCCAGACCAGUGUAUUCCACAAACACUUUUGGAGAGGAGUUUAAGAAGACGCACAGACACCACAAGACAUUCCUGGAUCAUCUCAAAGGGUGUUGUAGCUGCUCCUCACAAAAGGCCAAGAAAAUUGCCCUCUCUGUGUUCCCCAUAGCAUCUUGGUUGCCAGCGUACAAGAUAAAGGAAUGGCUUCUGAGUGACAUCGUUUCUGGCAUCAGCACCGGGCUGGUGGCUGUACUACAAGGUUUAGCAUUUGCUCUGCUGGUCAACAUCCCUCCAGCCUACGGGUUGUAUGCGGCCUUUUUCCCAGUCCUAACCUACUUUUUCUUGGGCACGUCUAGACACAUAUCUGUGGGUCCGUUUCCAGUUCUGAGUAUGAUGGUGGGAGUUGUAGUUACAAGAGUGGCCUCAAGAGGCAGCACUGCUCCAGAACUGUCCUCAAGCUCAGUCGAAAAUGAUUCAGUGAUAGAGGAGAGGAUAAUGGUGGCCGCAUCAGUGACUGUUCUUUCUGGAAUCAUUCAGUUGCUUUUGGGGGUUCUGCAGAUAGGGUUUGUGGUGAUAUAUCUAUCUGAGUCCCUAAUCAGUGGCUUCACCACAGCUGCUGCCAUUCAUGUUUUGGUUUCUCAACUGAAAUUCAUGCUGCAACUGACCGUCCCAGCAUACAGCGACCCAUUCUCUAUUUUCAAAGUCCUGGAGUCAGUCUUCACACAGAUUCAGAAGACUAACAUUGCAGACCUCGUGACAUCUGUGAUUAUUCUAGUGGUUGUAUUUGUCGUUAAAGAAAUCAAUCAACGCUACAGAAGCAAGCUUCCAGUGCCUAUCCCCAUCGAACUCAUCAUGACUGUGAUUGCAACAGGUGUAUCCUACGGCUGUAACUUUGAACAGAAGUUUGGCGUGGCUGUGGUUGGGAAUAUGAGUUUAGGAUUUCAGCCCCCUAUUACACCCAGUGUAGAAGUUUUUCAAGACACCAUAGGAGACAGCUUUGGAAUUGCAAUUGUUGGUUUUGCAGUGGCCUUUUCCGUUGCCAGCGUCUAUUCUCUCAAAUACGAUUAUCCAAUUGACGGCAAUCAGGAGUUGAUCGCCUUGGGAAUAAGCAACAUAUUCACUGGAGCAUUCAAAGGAUUUGCAGGGAGCACAGCCCUUUCCAGAUCAGGGGUUCAGGAGAGCACAGGAGGCAAAACACAGGUUGCAGGGCUCCUCUCUGCUGUCAUUGUGCUGAUUGUCAUUGUUGCCAUCGGAUUUCUUCUGCAGCCGCUACAAAAGUCUGUCCUGGCAGCUUUAGCUCUUGGAAACUUAAAGGGAAUGCUGAUGCAGUUUGCCGAAAUAGGCAGAUUGUGGAAAAAGGAUAAAUAUGAUUGUUUAAUUUGGAUCAUGACCUUCAUCUUUGCCAUUGUCCUGGGACUCGGAUUAGGCCUGGCAGCAAGUGUGGCAUUUCAGCUCCUAACUAUUGUGUUCAGGACCCAAUUUCCAAAAUGCAGCACACUGGCUAAUGUUGGAAGGAGCAACAUCUACAAGAAUAAAAAAAAUUAUGCUGAUGUAUAUGAGCCAGAAGGAGUGAAAAUUUUCAGAUGUCCAUCUCCAAUCUACUUUGCAAACAUUGGUUUCUUUAAACAGAAACUUACUGAUGCUGUUGGCUUUAACCCACUUCGAAUUCUACGCAAGCGCAAUAAAGCUUUGAAGAAAAUCCGAAAACUGCAGAAACGAGGCCUGAUACAAGUGACACCUAAAGGGUUCAUCUGCACCUCUGAUGGCUUCAAAGACUCCGAUGAAGAGUUGGACAACAACCAGAUAGAAGAGCUGGAUCAGCCGAUCAAUACCACAGACUUGCCCUUUGAGAUUGACUGGAAUGCCCAUCUCCCCCUCAACAUCACCGUCCCUGCAGUCAGCCUCCACAGCCUCAUCCUCGACUUUUCAGCUGUGUCCUUCCUUGACGUCUCCUCAAUGAGGGGUCUCAAAACGAUUUUGCAAGAAUUUAUUAGGAUCAAGGUAGAUGUAUAUAUUGUGGGAACGGAUGAUGAUUUCAUUGACAAACUUGCUCGGUGUGAAUUUUUUGAUGACGAAGUCACAGACUCAAUAUUUUUCUUAACAAUCCAUGAUGCUGUUUUGCAUAUUUUGAUGAAGAAGGACUACAGCACUUCAAAGUUUAAUUCUAGCCAGGAAAAAGAAAUGAAAUUUGACUUUACCAUAAAUACAAAUGGAGGACUACGUAAUCGAGAAUGUCAGGUACCAGUUGAAACGAAAUUCUAAUCAAGAUACAAUUCAGAAGGAUUCUCAUCUGUCAUAUUAACAACUUUAUACCUAGAAAGUUAUUGCUAAAUUCAUACAUUGUAUGAAUGAUAUUUUUAUUUGACAGAAUUAUGUUUCAAACUUUGGAACGAGAUUGUUCUAGCAUGGUAUAUUUUUCACAUAUCCACUAUGAAAUUAUGUACAUAUUCCUAAUUUUCUGCCUUGUAGACUUAUCAAAGGUAGAAAAUUAUUUUGUUUAUAUGUUAUUUUUGUAGCAUUGACAGAUUCCUAUCCAAGUCAUUAUCUUCAAGCACAAUGUUUUAUGGUGUAUUCACACCAUCGCUUUGACGCUAAUUUAUACAGGUCAGCUAAUAUAUCUCUAUUUUAAACAAUUAAGCUGUAUAGGUGUGUGCUGUUUUACUAAGUUUGUUGGUUUUCUGAAGCAUGCUUGCUGUGGAUCCUUCUUGAGUGCUGUGGCAACACUGCUAUGAGAAUCUUUCAGCAGAACUUUGUCAUAGGACUGUUUUGACCAGAGUUUUAUUAUCACUCCAGUUUUUAAGGCUCUAACCUAUCUAGAUACAGACACAGUCCUCCUAAUGCUAUAUAUAAAAGUAUUAUAUAAGGACUUUAAAGGCAAUUCCUUACUUCCCUUCCUGGUAUGAAAACCAUAGAAGAUAACGGGGGCUAUAAAAUGACAAAGCAAGAAGGGAAGAGUAAAGAGAUGUCAUUGCUUCAUUUCACUGGGAGAGAAACCAUUAGGAAAAGGCAUGUUUUGUUUGUAACUCACAGGGCAGAAAGAGUUGUUGAGCUUUUUGUUGGAGAGUGAGAUUCAGCCCCCUUGAGUUGCUCACUGGCCUUGUUCUUGUGGCAAACAUGCACUUACUCAUGUGAUACUUGGAAAUUAAAACAGCAGCAUCACCACACAACUCAGAGCCCUCAGUUAAACACCAAACUACUCUGUGAGGAAGCUGGUCCUAUAGUUUUAGACUGGCUUCUAAACACUUACUGUCAAAGCAUGCUUUCAUCCUUACCUGAGACCGCCCAGAAAGGCUUGACUAUUAGACUUUAAUCAAAGUUCAGAAAGGCAGAAUGAAGUUAUUUAAAUAGUGACCUUACCUAAAAACAAGAGAAAUAACACUUUUCAGUGUUCUUUAAGCUUUUUGAGUCAUGAUCACCUAAUAGAACUCGUGCAGUUUUAGGAUGGGGACACACGCACACAGAACUUGUUCAGUUUUAGGAUGGGGACACACACACACACACACACAUGCAGUUUUAGGAUGGACACACACACACACACCUCUGUGACUCUCAGGAUAAGAGCUUUUCCUUCCUUUUUCCUUUCCAGGAAAAGUAGAGUUGGGAAAAAGAUUCAAAUUCAUAUUGUGGUUGCUUUAUCCCAGGCAAUGGCACUCCCUACAUUCUUGCUAAGGAAAUAACAGAGGGCAGACACGACUCUCCAAGUCCAUGGCUAACCUUAACAUCUUAACAGGCUCACUGAAUUCAUUCUCAAUUGUUUCUUUUCUCUUCUACGGCAGCGAUGUUUUGAGGAAUGGGAAUUUGUGGACCUCUGUCUCAACUUGUCUGCUUCAUAGCCAAUACUAAAACUAGUACAGAAACCCAACCCAUAAUCAGAGAGAGAGAGGAUAAGAUAUUGUGUUGGUAGAGAUAAAAAUAAAACUUUGAGAAAGCAGAGCAACAUUGAAAAGGAAACUAAAGAGCCAGGGACAGAUACAUUACUCAAAAUAAGAAAUUAGCUGGAGAUAAUACCUGCCAAAAUGAUCUUAACAUUUAGCCUUGAUAAGUGGUGUUGUCUAAGGAGCUGCACAGCACUUACAAAUUUUUGAACGGGAGCCUGACUCUACAAUGCAUGAACAGAGAAAGGUAGAAUUCCCAGGUUUUUUGUUUGUUUGGUUUUGGUUUUGGUUUUUUAGCAUCUCUGUGUAUUUCAUUGUGUUGAAACUGCCCUAAAGAUCCAAUUUUUCAUCUUUUCUCCUCUGUGAAUAAUGACUCUAUUCUUCAAGCUCCAAAGGAAAACAAAACAAAACAAAACAAAAGAAAAUCUGUCAGGAAUCCUGACUAGAAAGUAUAGAACACACAAUCCUUUAAUUCUCAAAGUAGCCCUUACAUAGUAAAGAUUCUUGGGGCCAGGGCUGAGUUCAGAGCCUUACACACACUGCUGCUGCGAUACACCCUAGUUCUAAUGUUCGUUUACCUCCAGUUUUUUGAGACGAGAACUCUUGCAUCCCAGGCUAGCCUGGAACUAUGUGGCUGAGGAUGACCUCCAUCUCCUGAUUCUCUUAAAUCUCCAAGCACUGGGACUACAGGAAUGAGUGCGCUACCUUCCCUCACCCCAGCUCAGCUUCACAUUUUAGAAAGGAAACUAAAACAGAAUUCAAAGAGGACAGGUGAUAUAGUUGUCAGACUAUUCUGUACAGUCUACACUGUACAGUUUUUUUUUUUUUUUUUUUUGGUUUUUCGAGACAGGGUUUCUCUGUGUAGCUUUGCGCCUUUCCUGGAACUCACUUGGUAGCCCAGGCUGGCCUCGAACUCACAGAGAUCCGCCUGGCUCUGCCUCCCGAGUGCUGGGAUUAAAGGCGUGCGCCACCACCGCCCGGCAACACUGUACAGUUUUUAGGAAACAUUAACUCUCAAAAGAAAUUAAAAUGUCUAAAAACUGAUUACAGGCAGGUCUUAACUCAGAAAUAGUACAUGCUAUUUAUUCCGAAGUUACUAAUUUAACAUUGUACAAUUAAAUACAAUCUACAAAGCUAUCAUGAAUUCUAUUUUUAUAAUUUUACGUUAUGAUUUUUGUGUUUAUAAUCUAGUAAUUCAUUUUUAAAAAUAUUUUUUAUGUAUGGGUGUUUGGGCUGCAUGUACAUCUGUGCCAGAAGGCAUCAGAUCUGUUGGGACUGGAGUUAUGGAAUCAAACCUGAGUGCUCUGGAAGAGCCAGCCAGUGAUCUUUAACUGAGCGAUCUCUCCAGCCCUGGUAAUUCAUUUUUAAGGGUGAAAUUCUUUUUCUGACCACUAUACCUUGAAAAUAAAUACUUACAAAAUCUUUUGAAUUAAAAUGUAAGCUGCUAAAUAGCAGUGACCAUAUCUACUUUGUAAAUUCUUUAUGUAUCCACAUCUAACACUAUAGGUGUUUGCUUUUCUGUGCAUACACACACAUAAAGAGUCCUCAAGUUACCCAGUUAAUACCUGCAAAGCUACCACCACCAUCCCUAGAGUAAUUAAAACACUGGCUUCUGCUUCCAUCUUUGCCUUACUAGUCUUUCCUUAACAUACAGCAAAAUAACCAAUUCUUUUACAGAGCCAGGUCAUCCUACUCCUUUAUUUGGGAUGGCACAAAAGCUUCUCUUGUCAUCAGAAUAAGAUCCUUAUUGCUAAUAACUUUGUCUUGAAUUUCUUUGUCAAGUCUUGGGGGCCAAACCUAUGGGUUUGUGAAUGCUAGCCAAGUGUUCUACCUGAGCCAAUUCUGCCUUUGACCUCACCUUUCUACUCACCUAUUACUAUUUAACUUCAGUUUGUAAAGCUCUGCUCCUAUUCAACAUGACUUUCACCUUAGCUCAAAUGUCAUCUUUUCAAUGCCAUUCCCACUAAAGCUACAAACUACCCAAUUAUACUAACUGGUUUCCCCACAGGAUUCUGACAAACCUGUCUAACAUGGUACAUAAUUUAUACUUAUGAUUGGCAGUCUCUAAAGACUCUGCAUCCCAAGUGCUUAAUACUGUACAGUGAGUAAAUACUUCAAUAAAUGAACCUAUAUAUCCCACAAUAGCUCAGUAUAAAAUUAGUGAAUACAGCUUAUGAAAUAUAUUUACCAGGGCUUAAAAUGUUCACUAGGUCAUGGAGCCUAUUUAGUUGUCAGAUUUUUAACUAAAACUAGAUGCAGGUCCAAGUUAACUACUCAUCAGGGGAGCUGACCACCGUGGGAGGGGGGCGGGAUCUUGACUUGACUUCUCCAAAAGGAAGGUUCUGCCCAUGUGUGAGAACUCAACCGUGACAUGUUUGAUGCAAUCCUGUCAUUUUGAUGCCUGAAAAUUAAGAGUAUGAGACAGUGAAACUUGAGAAUUACUAUGUACAUUUAGCAUUCUCCAUCAAGUGCUCUCUUCAAUGAUAGAAAACUGAAGGAGUUUUAAAAACCAAGUCAGUUUUUAUUAGGGGUGCUUCAGAAUAGUUGCCUAGCUUAUCUAGCACUCCUCUAUGCUUACGAAAGCCAGCAUUGCUUUAUUAUAUUGUACAACUAUUCUAAUAAGCAAAUUCUGUUUGGUUCCUAGGUUAGACUUUAACAUCAUAAACCAAUGAAUAAAAAUAAAUUCAUUUCGAUCAGAAUAGAGUACAUUUGAGUAUGACUGUGUUAAACUUCUUUAAUAUCAAUCUGAUAAUUUGAUGGCCAAUCUGAGAAACGUUUCUGUUUUAGGUACUUAUAAUUAUCACAUACUUUGAUGUUAAAUUAUCUGAAACAGAAAUGUAGGUCUUUUUCUAAAACCUGUAUGACACUCUUUAAGCAGUUCUGUGUGCCUCACACAGUAAAUAGCUACUACUUAAAAAUUAUAAAAACACUCCAAUCUUUUCUAUUUAUAUUUCUAUUAUAUCUGACUAGUAUUGACACAAUUUUGAACAAGUAGCUCCUAUAGGGAAAAGGAGAACAGCUCUUUACAGUCUCAGAAAUAGAUCUUUCUCCAAAUAUUGAAAGUACUCACAAACUCUGAACAAAUAUGCCAAAGAAAUACA